ACUAUUUCUCUUCACCAUACUAUCAAAGCAUUUCUUAAUUACAGUGCAGCCCGUCGUGAAAAGGUUAUAGGACUAUAAUUUCAUCGUGUAAUUCCGUUCUUAAUUUUUUUUUACUUUUCGCUAGUUUUUUUUAUCUCUUUCUUUUCUUUUUUAAAUAAUAGAAUUCGAUUGUGGAUAUAUAUAUACUAACUGUUGUUUUUACGUCAUGAGUUAAAUAUAGAACUUAUUACACAAAACGUGCGACGGAGAAUAAAAUAAGGAGAGGGAAAAAAGUUUUAAAGUUUAGACCAUUUAAUCAGUGUGGACGGAUCGGAGAUGUGAGGUGUUGUGAAGAACCACUAGGCAUUAUGUAUAUUUUAUAUUACGUUUCUUGAUUUCGUUCUCGAAUGCGGGGGAAUAAUCAGUGUAAAUCUUAAAUCGAACAUUGCUUCCGGAGGGUAUUAUAAAAUUUUACAACAACAUUAAUUUACUAAUCUGCAAGGUGUUUCUUUAUUACUGAACUUAUAGUACUUGACAGUAAGUUUUUGAAAUACAUUAUCCAAGUCAUCUAAGAAAUAGGGAAGAAAGAUCGACAGAUAAACACGGGAAAUUGCAUCUUAAUGUUUAUUAACAAAAUAUUAGCUCUACAAAAUUGUGGAAUUUAGAAAUCUGUUACUUCUGAUAACAAUUUUAUUCGAAACAUAGACUUGGAAAUAGCACUGUUUUAUAGUAUUGACACUAUUAUAACGUUAUUUGAUGAUUUUUUUAAUUUGAAAAUGUUUAUGUAUUGUGUGUGUAAUAAGAAUGAAGUGGUGAACGGCAAAGAUGUGAAAUAAUAAUAAUUCCGCUCAAUAUAAAAUUAAAAGUUUCGGAAGUAAGAGUAUUAAUUUAAAAUUUAAGAAUUAUUUUGGACGGAAAUAAUAUGACUCUAAAUGAAACAUUUUUAGUGAUGUGAAGUCGGUGUGUGACGAACAAAACAUUUUAUAAUUAUUACUAGUGAGGAAAAAUAUUUUGGAAUAAAAUAUACAAAAAACAAUGGUCUAGAAGCGAGACGAUGACGAUGUUUGCACAAUUCAGUAUUCGACACCAUCAUGUAUAUACCUAGAGGAACUGUCUUCUGCUAUUUAUAUAUUUACUUGUGUAUCAUUUCCCGCGCUGUUGCAAAUUUUGGACUCUCUGCGCGGAAACCCAUCCUAAUAGCGAGCCUCGGGUUCCAUCCAAACAUGAUCGAGGACAAGCGGGAAACAAUGGCGGCCGGAAAACUCUGUAACUUGAUGUUACCACGGCAAAGGAAACAGCGAAAGAUGUGUAGACGGGAUGAAGGCGUGGCGGACACACUCCUAGAGGCCAUCACCUUAUCCACACAAGAGUGUGAAUACCAGUUUAAAACUGAGAGAUGGAACUGUACGUUGGAGGAUCAGUUCAGACUAAAUAUUUUAGAAAAAGGUUUCAAAGAAACGUCAUUCCUUUAUGCAAUAAGUUCUGCAAGUCUCGUGCACACAUUUGCACGUGCAUGUAGCAGAGGGACCAUAGAUAGAUGUACAUGUGAUGAAUCGAAGAAUUUACAGAACCGAGAGGCGUGGUUAUGGGGCGGAUGUGGUGAUAAUAUCAAAUUUGGGUUGAAGUUUUCCCGACGAUUUUUAAGGGCGGGAAAACGCCGAGAAAAAGACAUCCGAGCAAAAGUUGAUCAGCAUAAUAUUAGACUUGGAAGAAAAGUUGUUAAUUCCGCAGUGAAGACAAGAUGCAAGUGUCAUGGAAUUUCCGGUUCUUGCACGGUGCGCACGUGCUGGCGUCAACUUUCAACAUUCCUUAACAUCGGAAACAUCCUUAAAGACAAAUACGAAAAUUCUUAUAAAAUCAUUACGUAUACCAACCACGCAACUGGGAAGUCUUCUCUCUCGGAGGAAAUCACGUUGGAAAAUAGUGUUGGGAAUCUUGUAAGACCAGUGGAAUUACAAAAUUACAUCAGCCCAAAUAAAUCUGGGCGUGACAGAAAAAUUAGAAAAUCUAAAAGGGACAAAAAUACAUCUAGUGAUAAAAUUAUAGACAGUUUCGCCCCUAGGUCCAAUUUAAUGGUACAUUUGGAUGAUUCGCCGACAUUUUGUGACGCCAGCCCGUUUACUCCGGGUACCAAAGGGCGUGUCUGUGAUCGCUCAAAUUGUGACGUCAUGUGUUGUGGGCGUGGUUAUAAUAGACGGUUGGUGAUGGUAAAACGCGCGUGCCAGUGUCAAGUGCACUGGUGUUGCUACGUGGACUGUAAGCAAUGUACAAACGAAGAAGAAGUGUUCCUUUGUAAAUAGCUUAUUGAAGGAAAUGUUCAAGAUGUAUUUAUUUAUACAUUGCCCUCAUUUGACGAAGAGCGUUUAUCGCCUGAAAUAUAAAAAAAAACAUAUGCAACUUUAAUUGGAAAUAAGAAUAUGAAAGUAUGUUGCAUGCAAAAGUUACUAUAACGAAACCAUGAAAAAGUAAUGUCCAUAAAGCUUAGCAUGCCAUUACAAUAAAUAACUUUAUCACAUACCCGUGCCGCUUUUGCGGCUCCGUUAAUAUGAUAUUGCACGACCGUGCAUAUAUUUUGACAUUACGUCAUUUUCGUCAUUUUACAAACUUAAUGCAAAGACGCGCUAAAUGUUAGCGUUACACGAAGUGUUUCAUUUUGAACAAGAAUGUGGAGAGGUACAUUUAGAAAGAUGUCGUGGCUGUAACAAGAAUUAAGGCCAUUUUUGUUGAAAUAUUCAAGCUUUACUAGACUAAAGCAAGAUGGAAUUAUAAGUCAUUUAAUUAUAAUUUGUAUAAGCUUGGGAUGCAUAAAAAACAUUCUUUAAUAAGGUUGGACGUGAAAUGUUUGGACUGUUAUGACUAAUUAUAGGAAUAACAUGCAUUAUUAUUUUGUAUGAAACAGAAUGAUUUUAAUAAAUCAACGUUCGUAAAAAAUAUAAACAGUUUUUUAACCGGUUC